UAUUGACAAUACUAUGGUAAAUAUAAUUUUUUUAGUGUUUGACUGUUUUUGUUAUUUCAGUUUGUUUGUUUGUUACAAAUUGUGCAGAUUUUCCCUUCUUUUCAAUUUUAAGAACAAUAAGUAUAUUAAAAGCGCAUAAACACAUAAUGCCAGAUGGAAACACAAAAUACGAAAAGAUUGAGGAAUGUCCUCAUGACAAUCACAGUGGAUUUACCUACGAACACUUCCCUGUGGUUUGCCCAACUUGUGAAGGAACUGGAGAAAUAUAUGAAGAUAACAAUGGUAUGGUCACAUUUGUUCCUGUAAAAGACAAAAGAUUAAAACCAGCCCGGACUAAAUUAAAGGCAACUGUAUUGGUGUUGAUUAUUUUGGCAGCAGCUGGACUGUCGACAUUCUUUCUGUACCCACGUGAUGUCAAUAUUUCUGUGUCAGCUUCCGAGGUGGCCUAUUUCAAUUUUAAAUGCAAGUACCCUUGGAUAUCGUAUAUAUUUGCUGUUACUGUCAACAAUAAGAAUUUCUUCUCUGUGCAAGUAACAGACUUGCACAUGCAACUAUUGUAUCGUGAAAUGAGCGUUGGGAACCAGUCCUUUCAACAACAUAUUAACGUCUCUCCGCGAGAAGUGGAAAAGACUAUGGUUGUUUUGAACGUUACUUAUGCCGCGGAAACAUCGAAGUACAUCAGGAGAGAAUGUUACGAAGAAAGAUAUUACGUUCCGCAGUUGAUGGUAUCUUCAGCAGAAUUGAAAAGCUGGAUGCACUCUGAGCACAUUGGUAGCAAAAACGAUUAUUUUUAUAUGAACUGUGCAUCGAUGAUCUUUCCCGGUCAUAAGACGAAUCGAAUUUUAUCCACCAUGUUAAACAGCACAAACGUCAAUGCGACUGCAGUCUCAAGUGGAAGUGUUAUAAAGUUUCGGCUGUAUAAUACGUAGCGUGUUCGGUUGCUUUUUUUUGCGUAGAAUUGUAAAUAAGGAAUAUUUUAAAUGCAGAUCUGUAUAUAUCUUGUUGUUUUCUACCUUAUUGUAGACUGGACGCCAUAUUGUUGUUUUGUUGGCUAUCAAAGAGGAGAGUACAUUAAGUUCAUUGUACAGGUCAGAUAGACAUGACUUGAUGUGCAAAUUUUUGCGCAUUUAAAAUUUUCUUUUCUUUUUAAAGGCUUGGAAAAAGUCCCAACAGUAAAACUAUAUAUCAAGUAAGAAAAAUAAGAAGAUGAGCUCACACUAGCAUUUGUACUUAUUUCUUUUGAUCAUUAUUUUUUACAAAUAUGUUUAUUUUUUUAUUUAUAUAGAUCGUUUUAAGUGGUUAUCUAUCGCAGGAAAUUGAGUUUGUUAUAAGUUGAGCAUAUUGUAUAUUUUACUAAUCCUUGUAUAUCUGCUUGACUAAAUUGUAAUAGAGCUACGGAAAUUUUCCACCUCCA